AUGACUAGUCGCUAUGUGUUUAGAGGAUCGGCUCUCAUUCCAAAAGGCCUUCUAGCUGCCAUUGUUCGCAGUACUUAUUAUGUGAGAAAGGAAACUGACGGUGUACAUUGGCAUUUGGUGAGAUGUGUAGGAGGACAAAUCCUGGCCGGAGCUUUUCUUUCAUGGAAAAUGAAAAGUUCUGGGAAAGUAACCCAUACUGUAUGCCAUCUGCUCCGCAUCGUCCCAGCUAUUAUUGUUCUCUUCCUUGUCUUUCAAAGUAGAUCUAUGACUCCCGAGUUGUUAGACGUUCAGCAUUUGGAGUUUGCAAAAUAUUUUUGUUUCGCUGGAUUAGCAUUUCAUAUCCUCCUUCUGCUUGUUAGUGGUUGGCCCAUCGGAAAAGCCAUUCUUCCUGGAAACAAAAUUGGAGAUUGCCUUUAUCAACUGGAUGCAAUUGCCUCUAUUUGCAUAGGCAUUGCUUGGCUGAGUUUCCCUAAUUGGUUACUUCAUCGUCAAGUAAUCGUACCACUGGAUGAUUCUCACUCUCUUUGUGCUAGAUUAAUGGGAGCUCUUUUUGUUUCCUCAUACUCCGUGUCAACUCAUGCACUUCAUUGGGAAAACCAGAGUGAUCGUUUGGUUGCAGUUGAUUCCAGAGUUGUCUGUUGCUUGACCAUUUUAUCCGCUCAAAUUUGGUCUCAAAUAGCAUACACUCGUGAUUGGUCUGGUGGACAUUGGGUUGGAAUUUGCCUUUUCUUCACUUGGACUUUUCUGUCGCUCGUCUACAGAUGGAGUUUAAGCUUCCGCAAGGCAAAAAAGAAUUAA